CAUGUCCAAGAGAGGAAACCAAAGAUCUCAGCUUCAAGGAAGCUGAUGCUCAAGAGUCUGAUGGUGGCAAAGGCCAAGGAGGAAUUGGAGCAGGAGAUCCUUGAUAAAGAGGAGGAGAAACACAGGUAUCUGGCAGAGAGAGCUCCUCCUCUAAACACCAGCGCUCUGAGCCUUGGACAGCUACAGGAUCUCUGCAGAGAGCUCCAUGCCAAAAUAGAUGUGGUGGAUGAGGAGCGAUAUGACAUUGAAGCCAAAGUUAUGCUCAACACACGUGAGAUUAAAGAUCUGAACAUCAAGGUGUUGGAUCUCAGGGGGAAAUUCAAGAGGCCCAAUCUUCGACGUGUUCGUGUGUCUGCUGACGCCAUCCUCCGUUCAUUGCUGGGCUCCAAGCACAAAGUCUCCAUGGACCUCCGAGCCAACCUCAAAUCUGUCAAGAAAGAGGACACUGAGAAGAAGAGGCCGGUAGAAGACAGCGACUGGAGGAAGAAUGUGGAGGCCAUGUCAGGGAUGGAGGGAAGGAAGAAAAUGUUCGACGCUGCUAAGGGUCCUGCCCAGUGAACACAGAAGGAGGACUGGUGUCACGUGAGCGCCAUCACUCCUGCUGCAUCUCAGUUGGUUUUGUUACAGUUUUUUGCAGUGUCUGGAUUUCUGUCUCAUGCUGUCAUCCUUCCUUAUGCUCCUGCCAUGGAGGUGAGAAGAUGUCCCC